CCACGGCCGCAUUGAUCGAAACAGACUUCAUCUUUUGUCAACACAAGUGGCGUAGUCCAUGUUUUCGAAAAUAGAAGUCCUCUAUUCGGGGUAUGGCUGUACGUUGUGAUAAAAUGCCACCAUGAGGACGAGAAGCAACUCUAUAGUCCGUCUAGACUGGUAUCACCGACUGGUGACAAGAACUAUCUUAGAUUUUCAGGAUCCUGUAACUGGUCUUCUACCAUCUCGUAUCAAAUGGAAUGCACAGAACCAUCUGCAGAGUAAAUACCAAGGAGAUGCUUGGGUCAGGGAUAAUGUCUACAGCAUUAUUGCUGUGUGGGCUCUGGCUCUGGCCUAUAGGAAAAAUGCCGACAUGGAUGAAGAUAGAGCUAAGGCCUAUGAGCUGACUCAGGCUGUAGUGAAGUGCAUGAGGGGAUUACUGACUUCCAUGAUGAGACAGGCUGAUAAAGUAGAACGAUUCAAGACAAGUCAAUCAAGAGCAGAUUGUCUCCAUGCUAAGUAUAGUAUGAAGACUGGUGGGACAUGUGUCAGUGAUCAUGGAUGGGGUCAUCUGCAGAUAGAUGCAACAUCUUUAUACCUUCUUCAACUUGCCCAAAUGACAGCUUCAGGAAUUCAGCUUAUUUUUACUCUUGAUGAGGUGGCAUUUAUUCAAAACCUUGUGUUCUACAUUGAGAAGGCAUAUUCUGUUCCUGAUUAUGGUAUCUGGGAGAGAGGAGAUAAAUUGAACCAUGGCAUGCCUGAGUUAAAUGCCAGCUCUAUAGGUCUUGCUAAGGCUGCUUUGGAGUCGCUAAAUGGCAUGGACCUGUUUGGACCAGGUGGAAGUCAGUUUUCUGUCAUCCAUGUCCUUCCAGAUGAUAUUCAGCAAUGCAAGGCUAUUUUGCAAUCAAUGUUGCCCAGAGAGUCCAAUUCAAAGGAAAUUGCUGGCUCCUUGCUGAGUGUGAUCAGUUAUCCAGCUUUUGCUGUUGAGGAUGAAGACUUGGUAAAUGAGACAAGAGAUGAGAUUAUCAGCAAAUUGCAAGGAAGAUAUGGCCUUUGUAGGUUCCUCAGAGAUGGCUACAAAACACCUGUUGAGGACCCAUUCCGUCUCCACUAUGAACCAGCUGAGCUUGAGAUCUUUGAGCACAUUGAGUGUGAAUGGCCGUUGUUCUUUGUUUAUCUUAUUUUGGAUGGGAUCUUCAUGGAUAAACCAGACCAGGUGAAGAAAUACACAACCCUGUUGGAGCCGCUGCUAAUCAAAGACGAGACGGGACUGGUGUUGAUGCCCGAGCUCUUCUUUGUUCCGCGGGAUAAGGUCAGCGAAGAGAAGGCAAAUCCGCAUAGUGUUGAUCGCAUGGGCGGAGAGUAUGCCCCACACAUGUGGUCUCAGUCGCUCUACAUCGUGGCCUGCCUUUUGCAGGAGAAAUUCGUUGCAAUGGGUGAAUUAGAUCCCCUCAACAGAAGACAAAGCACAGAGUCCCGGCCCGAUGUCGUGGUUCAAGUUGCACUUCUUGCUGAGGAUGACAACGUGCGCGCCCAGCUGUCUCUCCUAGAAGUCCCAGUCCAGGUUGUACGACAAGUUCACCCCAUCCAAGUCCUGCCUGCCCACGUUCUAAGCACCACGUAUCAGCAGCUAGGAAAAAAUGGCAAGCUGGAAAUGACCGGAAGACCAUACUAUAAUAUCGGUGUUCUGGGCACGAGUACACUGUACAGGAUAGGAAACGCCCUUUUCACAUUCACACCACAGUUCCUGGACUACCACCAGUUCUACCUAUGCCUCGAUAACGAAUUCUUGGCAGACCGGUUCAAGUCGUUGGUGGGUUUCCUGGGCGCGAAUUGGCGGAGUCUCGGGAGACCAAUCCUGACUUUGGUCGUUACCACUGCGAUGAUGGAGGAAUCAAUAUCAUCCUGUAUCGGCAACCUCAUCUUGAAGCUUAAAGGAGGUUAUCUCUCCGGAGUAAGAGUCCGGUUGGGGUAUCUGUCCGACUUCCUCAGUACCUCCUGUAUCUCCAUGCUACAUUUCGUCAGGGACUACAGUGAGACAGAUCUCAGGAUGCUACGGCAGUCAGGAUUCACUGGUAGAGAUCUGUUGAAAAGAAGUGACUCAAGGGGCCGCUCAAACACCAUCACAUCCGGCACAAGUCCUAAGACUUCCAAUCUUACUGGAUCCAUCAAAAGGAGUCGCAGCGUCUCCAUAUACUGUGACCGUGACACUAUGAUGUCACCCUGGCUAAGCUCUACGCGGGGGUUGAGACUACGCAGUUGGUCUGAUGUGAGUACAGAAGCAGAAUCAGACGCAUCAUCGACAUCUUCAAUAGCUAUUCCAGGCCGUAAUCUUUCAAGGUCACCUUCUCCUACUAGAACUGCAUCACCUAAAGCCUCCCUGGAGGAGAGAUUGUCCAAUGGCUGGUCGCCAUCCCGGUCGCGCGCCCUUUCCAUUGAUUUGGAGACCAAGGAGUACGUGAAACAGUUGGAAGAUGCGACAGACAUCAAUGAACAGGCAGAUAUCCUGCACUUUCUCUACAGUACCAAGGGUGCUAAGUUCGACACUAACUUAUAUGAUGUACCGGAAACCACGGUGGAGAAGUUAUUGGAGGAGCUAUAUGAGAAGGCUUGUGAGGUGAAGCUUUGGUCGCUGGUCAGACACACAGCGGGGCUGCUUCAUAAGCAGGUCGAGGAUUUAUCCGAGGCCUGUACUGACAUCCUGGUUCACCAGAAACAAAUCACAGUAGGUAUACCACAAGACGGCCACGAGGAGGUCAUCACAAGACCUCUGCCCCCAACCGAGCUGAAAAAUAUCAUCUACAGUGUGUUUGGUGAGGAUAUGAGCACAGGCGUCGUCACACAGGAGCUGCUUGUGUACCUCGGUAUCUUUGUGCGGACCGAGCCAAGCAUGUUCAAGGAGAUGCUGAGGCUACGAGUUGGUCUCAUUAUAGAGGUGAUGGUGGCGGAGCUUGCACGUUCACUUACCUGCACAGGUGAGGAUGCGGCUGAGUACUUCAUGAACCUGAGUCCAUUUGAAAUGAAGACUCUGCUGUAUCACAUACUAAGUGGAAAGGAGUUUGGCAUAACAGAUGGGUCUGUGCGGACACUUUCCGAGAAGCAGCUUUCCAUCAUCAACAUCGACCUACCCAAGCGAGUGGGCAUAAAAAAACUAUCCAACGCUAUCAAGAAAAUGAGUAAGGAUGACGCCCAGACCAGGAACCUGAGCGGUCGCAGUAUGCAUCGGCAACACGGUCAGCCCGACCUGCUACACUUGACCCAAACCGCAGAACCACAACACGAGGAAGAAGUCUCCCCAACCCGCGACGAACGUAUUGGGACAUGGAUACGCAGGCGGUGUCUGGACGGUGCCCUCAACAGGGUGCCCGAGGACUUUUACGCCAGGGUCUGGAAAAUACUGGAAAAGUGUCACCAAGUGUCUAUCUACAAACAUAUUCUACCAAGUGCCAUGGUUAGGGAGAUGACACCCGGAGAGUUGAAGUUCGCAUUGUGCGUCGAGUCUGCUUUAAAUCGUAUUCCCGAGCCAGAGUAUCGGCAACUUGUGGUAGAAGUUCUAAUGGUGCUGGCUCUGGUCGUCAUCAGCUACCCACAGCAGUCUUUAUGGGAUACUGUAGACGUGGAUGAAUUGGUCCUAGAGGGUCACCAGGCCUACCUCACUGAGCAGAUGGCAAUCGGGGGUAACUCGGUGCUUUGCUGUGCACGCCCCAUCAAUGAUCGGGUUGGUUGCGGUGGUGCAAAUGGCAUUUGCAGGUUCUUUUACGACACCGCGCCCAGCGGGCGAUACGGAACCAUGACCUACUUUUCCAAGGCCGUAGCCAAGAAGUUGAGCUUCAUACCUCACCAGAACGAUUGCAUUAUCAGCUAAAAAUCAUGCAUGAAAUGGAUAUCACUGUACCCCGGAGGGCAGCUAGGCUACAGGGGUGUAGCCAGGGGGUGGCCCAGGCCCCCCAUUAGAAGCCAAAAAUACAGUAAAUUUAUGAGACAAUACCUAAAAUACAGGAGAAAAUGCCUUGAAAGGGCCUUUUGGGCCCCUUCCUGUUAAAAAUCCUGGCUACGCCGCUGAGAUAAAUAACACGAUACAAUCUAUUUAUAAAGCUUUACAUAACCUUCUUUAUAGCCUAGGAGCAGAGUUCUUGAUGAUAAGCUCUAAGUCACUUGGGUUGUUAUAAUAAAGAGGUGGUGUACUUCCGAAA